UUUAAAAGUAUGGAAUUCAGCUAAAAUAGUCUAAAAUAAUGUAUUGUAUCUAAUUUGUCAUGUACAUCCAACUCCCAUCACCUCACCCUAUCGCCCAUCUUCACCUGUGCAAUGCACUCAUUUUCCCACUGCUUCCUCACACUAACACGAAAAAUGUUUCCAAAUGAUACAUGAAAAAAUAAUACGAACCCAAAUCCUGCACUUGUUUCGCUAUCCACAAAUUACCACUUCAUCCAUGCUAAAAUAUUUGUUUCAUGGCAAAUAGUCCAACCGGCAAGAAAAUCGAAAGUAAGCCACAAUUGGCGCGUUAUCUGGGCGAUGCAAUCGACAUUGGUGCAUUUGAUUUUCAUAACGGCAAAUUCGUGCGUCACUUGCCACCGCCGUCAAUUUCACUAUUCCGUUGCAGUAGCUUAACUAACAGCGGCAACGGUGCUAGUGGCAGUGGCAAUACAUCAAUGCCGCCACCACCACCACAGUGUAGUGCCGGAAGUACUUUAUCCUUAACUGUAUGUUCCUCCCCAAAUUCUUCACAAUUACCUAAUACUACAAAUGCCAACAUACUACAACCACCAACGCCAACAACAUCAAAUACGCCAAAUUCAUUAAAGCGCAAAUACAAGGCGCAUUCCUUAUCCCAACCACAAAUUCAGAAUCAAUCACAGACCCACCAGUUACAAGGCAUGCAUACGAAUGCCACUAGUAGCAGUUGCGCCCCAUCAAGCGCAUGUGGUGCUGCAACUACAUCGACAGCGAGUUCACGGCAGCAAUUAGAAUUCAGUCGCACACCACGCACAGACGCUUCGUUAGUACCACCUAUACGUCAAACUGCAUCGAUUUUCAAACAACCAGUCACUGUGGUGCGAAAUCAUGAGUUUACAAAGGUGCGAAACGAUAACUCCAAACAGGUAAAUGGGCAGGAGAAACCAAAGCAAAUGUUCUGGGAGAAACGAUUAGAGGGUUUGCGCGCCUGCCACCCCACCGGUGAGGAGUUUGAUGAUAUCGUACUACCGAAGAGUAUACGCACGAUUGGACCGAAUGUUAAUGAACAAACUGUGCUGCAAUCGUUGGCUACCGCUCUGCAUGUGCUUAACGUCCCCGUGAUGGGUCAAGCCUCCACAAAGACUGAGAUGAAUAAGAAUGCCACGGCAUUUUUGAAUCCGGAACAACCGCUGAUGCAAGCCGUUCUUGUUUCGGAUGACGAUAUACGGCGUCAGGAAGAUCGAGUUAAUGUGGCUCGAAAAAAGCUGCAGGACGCUCUUAAAGCUUAGCUUACUACUUUACGAAGUUAAUUUUUUAUUCUUAUUAGUAUUAGUGUAUAGUUUUAUUUAUAUAUUACAAUGAUCAAUCGAAAUUUAAGCUGUAUCUGCUAGGACAUUUAGUCUUGCUAAGAUAUGCACUUAUGCAAAAGUACGAAUUAUGUUUUCCAAUAAU